AUUCUUUGUUGAGAUGAAUGCUAGAUGAGAUUGAGAGAUCAAAGUUUAUAAAAUAUCAUGUCUCUGUUUUUUAAUUCCUUACCUAGAUUAACAUGUUCGGUAAGGACCCGCGGUAUAGCCUCUUUGGCGGCCCUACCAGAAACCCAUCAAAUGCUCCAGAAAACAUGCCGAGAUUUCGCAGAGGGCGAGUUAAAACCCGUAGCAGCGAAAAUCGACCGUGAACACUUAUACCCCAAGGAACAAAUCAAGAAGAUGGGCGAGCUGGGGCUGAUGGCUGUGGCUUGUCCCGAGGACCUAGGCGGCGCCGGGUUGGAUUAUCUGGCGUAUGCCAUUGCCAUGGAAGAAAUUUCGAGAGGUUGUGCGAGUGCUGGUGUUAUUAUGUCUGUAAACAAUUCUCUCUACCUGGGACCGUUGCUUCAGUGGGGCACUUCCGAACAAAAAGAAAAGUUUGUCAGGCCUUUCACGAACGGACUCAAAGUGGGCUGCUUUGCUCUGUCCGAGCCUGGAAACGGGUCGGAUGCUGGCGCAGCCUCCACCACGGCCAAACCAGACGGAUCGAAUUUUGUCCUCAACGGAACUAAGUCGUGGAUAACGAACGGUUAUGAAAGCGAGGCUGGAAUCGUUAUGGCCACCACCGACAAAAAUUUGAAACAUAAAGGUAUAUCAGCUUUUAUCGUUCCGAAACCAACCGAAGGCCUGGAACUGGGCAAGAAAGAGGACAAGCUAGGUAUAAGGGGUUCCUCUACGUGCGCUCUCAUGUUCGAAGACUGCAAGGUGCCGAAAGAAAACUUAUUAGGGGAAUUAGGCUUCGGUUUUAAGAUCGCCAUGAUGACAUUAGACGCUGGUCGCAUCGGAAUCGCCGGCCAAGCCCUCGGCAUCGCUCAGGCAUCACUUGAGGUAGCUACCGAGUACGCUUCCAAGCGUCUGGCGUUCAACAAACCCCUCGUCAAGCUACAAACGAUACAGAACAAACUGGCCAACAUGGCCCUACGGUUGGAGUCGGCGCGGCUGCUGACGUGGCGGUCGGCCUGGCUGAAGGACAACAAGAAGCCGUACACGAAGGAAGCGGCGAUGGCGAAGCUGGCCGCCAGCGAGGCCGCCACGUUUCUCAGCCACCAGUGCAUCCAGAUCUUGGGAGGAAUGGGGUAUGUCUCGGAUAUGCCAGCGGAACGUCACUACAGGGAUGCGAGGAUUACAGAGAUUUACGAGGGUACGUCGGAGAUCCAGAGGCUCGUUAUCGCGGGGAACCUCAUCAAAGAGUUGGGGCUCAACUGAGACUUUAUUUUUAUGCAAUACUGAUCUAUAUUUUUAUUAUUGGAAGUGUAUUUUUUUUUAUAUUUGAUCAAAUAAAGGCAGAAGACUGAA